AUGUCUUCAAAUAAUGACACCCAUAAUUCGUACAUUUCACAACUAAACUUGCAGACUCCGAUCGCCAUGGUGUCAGAUUUUACCCGAGAGGAAGAUUUUGAGUCCGACUUAGAAUCUUGGUCCAACGCGCAGUUUAUUGAUGUUUCAUAUGGAAUGGGUUUUCCGGACAAUGAUUUCGAAGCAUCUCCAGGUGUAUUUGAAGAUCAAGAUAUACCUAUGAUUGUUCAGAACGACUUAUCGCCUAUUUCCAAUUCGUCCCGACUUCAACAAACAGUGUAUCCUCUGUUUACUUAUCCUACGGCAAACCCUUUCAUGACCACACGCAUGAGGCCUAUUACUAUUGCACCAGCCGUUACCACUGCACUAACUAGCACGACUUUUCCUCCUACAUAUCCAGUUUCUCAUGCAGACGUGAAUGCUGCUAAAGAGAAAACAGUAACACCAGCGUCGACAAGCACUCUAAAGGUUACUACUGAUACUACGGACUACCCAUCUCAUAACAAUUCGACGGCAAAAAUGGGUCAACUAACAUCUGGUGAUAUAACAAAAAAAGAUGCUGAUUCUAAGCAAUCGCUUGAUCCUGAAGUAGUGGCCAAAUUAGCAGCUGAGGAAGAUAAACGAAGACGUAACACUGCGGCAUCUGCUAGAUUCCGCAUAAAGAAGAAGAUGCGUGAACAGGCGCUUGAGAGGACUGCAAAGGAAAUGACUUCAAAGGCAGAAGCUUUUGAAAAUCGAAUAAAAGAACUCGAGAUGGAAGUCAAAUGGUUAAGAAGUCUGAUUGUGGAAAAGGAUGCUAGGUUGUUGGACAUUGAUCGUCCUGGAAAAAAGCCUAAAACUGAAACUGAGAGUCAAGCUGCAAUGGAGCUUUCAGAGGCAGAUACGAAAAAAAGUGAUCAGACAAAUCAAAAGGAAUAA